AUGUCAACCGCGUCCCGUGAGCCGUUCACUUUAGGCACGAUACUGCGAAGCCACUCAGGACGCACAUACAAGAUUGAGGAGGUCCUCAGCUACCGACGGAAUCCGCUUCCAUGUGUAUACCGCGCAAGCGCCGGCGCCAAAAGCUUCAUCGUCAAGGACGUGAUCAGCGGCGAAUUCGAGUACCAGCUCGACCUCCAGAAAUCACUAUCCGGUUCUUCGAACAUCCGAACGGUGGCCGAUACGAUUCGCGACAAUGGACACGAGAUGUUCAUCUACCCAUUCCUGACUGGGGAUUUGCUGCGCUUGGCUCGGAACCCUUCUUUGACCGCUGCGAUGAGACGGAAUAUCCUCCGCAACGCUUUACAGGGCCUUGCAUAUAUGCAUGAGCGUGACGUGCUGCAUAAUGACAUCAAACCGGACAAUAUCCUCGUCGGAUAUGAAGAGAGCGUCAAUGACGGCAUCACCGUAACUGAUGUGCAAGUUUCAGACCUCGACGAUGCAGUUAUUGUUCCACCCGGUAAAUGGCUGCGAGGCCCCCUUUGCGGGAAUGCGAUGUGGCGAAGUCCAGAAAGCUGGUGCCGCGCGGCGCAAAACCAGGCGUCGGAUGUGUUUUCUUUUGCGAUCGUGAUGAUUUACGUGAUGGAGAAUGAAAUGGUUUUCCGCGUUGACGAUACGCUAUUAGCAUCACCAGACUCAUGGCGCCAUAUCCUGAGCCGCCAUAUCUCUUACUUCGGUGACCUGGAUGGGCUCCAGGGUCUUCUGGUGCAUAUCGGGGAGAAUAACGACUUCUUCCCGCGACUGCUGGAACUUGCGGAGGGGUUUGGCAAGCAGAAUCCCAGGCAGCCUGUUGGGAGUUGGGUAUAUCUUGAGCCGCGCCUGAAGGAUCUCGUUGGUAGGAUGACGAACCUGGAUCCCAAUAAGAGAGUCACAGCGAAGGAGGCGCUGGGGCACGAAUGGUUCAACGACGUAGUGCAUACAUGA